AUGGCGGAAGUGCUUGGGAUCAUUAAUGGCCUAACCACAGCUGGCCAGGCAUUGGAGAGAUUCGCACAUCAUACACGGAAAUGGAAACGUCUCAGCGACCGCCUCUUCGACAUCAGAGGAGGAAUCGACGUUGCUGAACUUGCAUUAGCAAGCUGGAAACGCAAAUUUCAGAUUGAGGAGAGGCACCGUCGUGUAUACAUGGAAGUUCUCUUUGGCAAACAAGGCUAUGAACGCAUCUCAGCGACGCUGGGAAGCAUUGCUCUUGCCACCCGAGUCGUGCGAGGUGACAUCAACAGGAUCAUUGGGCGAGCGCUCCUUGUGAAGAAGGACGGGAGACCGACUGGUAAUGGAUACGAGAGCGACAUCGACGAGGAACUCGUCAAACACUGUCUACGUCGCAUCCAAAAGAAUACUGCAUGGUCGCACAAGUUUGCACUCAGCGUGCUUGGAAAAGCUGACGAGCUGGAGAGCCACUUCAAAAAAUUGGACAAGAAAGUUACGGUACUCGAGCGCUCCUCUAAUUUUUAUCUAGAGAGAGAACAUCCGGACAUCUUUGCAGAGAUGAAGCGACUCGGAGGGCGCAGAGUCAUACUCAAAGUUGGAGACGGCGGAACAGACGACCUCGGGAAGCACCUCAAGAACUCCAUGGCAGCAAGAGAUGACGCGCAACUCCUUCACAAAGCUUCUGGGAAAGGUAGUCGCGUGCACAUUGGGCUCGCAGUGCCACAGAUUAGGGACCGCGAUUUCGACUUCUUGCUGGACCUAGACGGCAAGACGGACGAGUUUCUAUUACAACCAAUCAAGAUCAGGGCAAACAACGACUCGCCGCGCGUCAAAAGCGACUUCACUACAAUUGUGCCAGUCCUUCGGAGCAAUCCGGAGUUCGAACACUACGUCCAACCAUCCGCCGCAAGCGCCAACGCUUUCCGCAUCAAGAUGCCAUCAGCGAGUCAUCUGGCAGAUCUUGAGCACAAAGACUCAUUAGCUACCAUGAUCAAGAGCCCCGACACAUACCUGGGCUCGCAGAUACUGUACCAGCAAGAUCAAAGUGCUAUAGCCAGUGGUAUUGCACAAGGCGCCCUUCGCCUCAUUGGAAGCCAGUGGAUGGACUUUCUCGACUGCUCCAAUAUCAGAUGGCGGAGAACAGUUGGUGGUCAGUGGACGAGCAUGCUCACUUCCGCGCCAGGAAACGCAUCAACGACCCGCACUCUAGAACAAUGCUACACAUCCAAUCGCAUGGGAAGAGGCAGUCGUGAUCUCAGAAAGCACAUUCAGAUCUUCCGUAUCGGCCUUGUGCUCUGCGAACUCGCAUUGAAGACGCCCAUCUCUUAUGUCGAUUUCGAUCCUUCUUCUAACGCAGUGAAGCUCUUCAUCAAUAACGACGAGGAGAUCGAUGUGGUGGAUCUUGCAGCAUCGGUUGAGCGGGAAAACAACGUGCUACUGGGCAACAUCGUGUUUUAUUGCCUGAAUGUGCUGCAAGACAAGGACAAGAUGAAGGAUAGAGCGAUCGAGGCAGAUUACUACAAGGAGGUAUUGAAGGAUGCAAAGGAGCUCGAUGGUCAAUUACAGAAAGACAGGAGGAGGGGAGAUAAGAGUCCCGUCAGUGCAGGCGGCAUGUAG